AAAUAAAAUCCCAAAACUUGCAAUCUUGUAAUCUAGUUAUUUAAAAUAAAAUUUAACAGUUUAUCAAGCUUGUAAGCCGAAAUAAUCAUUAAAAAAAUUGCCGAAUUCGAUCAUAAGAAAAUUUGAACCAGUGCCAAACACAACAUAACCACAAAUAUCAAUCAACAUUAACCUAACUUUUAACCUAACCCGAAAGAACUGCCGUGCCGGAUUUGCAGCAUGUCGGAGACAACAGAAAGUAAAUUUUACACUAAAGCAGCCCAAUACUGGUCGCAGGUGCCGGCCACGGUGAACGGCAUGCUCGGCGGCUUCGGUCACAUAUCACAGGUCGACAUUCGUACGUCGAAGAUGUUCCUCAGACAGUUGCUUGCGUCGAAGGCGCCCCCGGGACAGAAGUACGCAUUGGAUUGCGGCGCCGGCAUUGGACGGAUUACGAAGUUUUUGCUCACUGACAUGUUUGACAAAGUCGAUUUGGUCGAACAAAAUCCCGACUUUCUUGAGACUGCCAAGAAAUACUUUGGGGCCCAGUUGGAGCAUAAAAUUGGGGAGUAUUACCCUGUGGGUUUGCAGGACUUUGAUCCUGAAGCAAAUAAGUAUGAUGUCAUCUGGAUACAGUGGGUUUUAGGUCACUUAACUGAUAAGGAUUUUAUUAGUUUCUUGAAGAGAUGCCAGAAAGGCUUAAACAAAAAUGGUAUUAUUAUUGUUAAGGAAAACAUAACUUCUAGUGAUAGUAAUGAAAUUGAUGAGACUGAUUCUUCUGUGACGAGGUCAAUGAGAUCUUUGAAAAACUUAUUCACUGAUUCUAAUCUUUAUUGUUAUCGGCAGCUAAAGCAAACAAAUUUUCCAAAAGGCAUUUACUCAGUUUAUAUGUUUGCUCUUAAGCCAAGUGAUAGAAAAACUGAAACAUCCAGUGUAAUUAGUGAAAGUGAUCACAAUAUUGAUAAAUUAACUGACUUGGUAAAAAAUGGACUUUCAAAUCUUACCAAGAGUUCAGAAAAUGAUGUACCUGUAGAAGAAAAGUGUGAUAAUCUGAACGCAGAUACACAAGAAGAAAAACACCAAACUUCAACAUCUAUGGAAUGAAUCUGUAUUAUUUUGUAAUUAUUUGUUAAUUUUAAUAUUUCUAUUGAAAAAAACUUUUAGUUUAGGUUUUAUUUAUAAUAAUAAAUUAUUAUUUUUAAAA